UGUGUGGUCCAAAAGGUGCUGUGGUACAAAUGCUUUCGCGACUCCUCCUGCGACAGUGACCAGUUCUUUUUUCCGCACUCCUCUUGUUCCACCAAACUUCGCGGCUGUAACCCAUCUCGCAUAUCCAAUCUUCACGUACCCGGUUUCCCACGGCAAGGCUGUACACUGAAACGCCGACCAUCUCCACGCUCUGAAAACCAUCGCAAAUCUCCGUCCAGCAUUCCUCGACCUUUUCUCCAGACGUCGCCUCUCCGCGAAAGCCACCAUCACGCAAGCAAACACAUGACCAGCACAAAGACGUGUAUGAACGUGCCCGAUCUUUCUGGCAUCGAGGCGUUUCCCAUGGACUUCGAGUUGCCGUCGCUUGACUCUGCAUCCGAUGCAGGUCGAGCCAGACCAUCGGAUCCCAGCAACGACAACAAGCGUCACGACAGCGCUCGAGCCAGUAUCUGCAGCAACGACACCGACCGCAGCAGCACCUCUUCCGGCACCACAUCUUCAUCCACCAAGAAGAGCCACAAGCGUGUCCGUUUCCAAGAAUCCGUCUGCUGCUCUUACUACAAUGCCGACCUCGAUCCACCUCGUCCUGAACCCCGACCGAUACCUCAACGUCGGGCAUCCUUCUGGCAACGCAUCACAAAGGGCAACUGGUCCGGCGAGUUGGAUCUGCCAACACGAUCAAGCAUGUACUCGAUCCAAGUCGGAAGCAGUGUUCCAGACAUUACGGAACUAGGCACCGUCAAGCCUGCGAAGAGAUCGUCGUUCGCUCCUGGGAGGAGUGCUGCUCCGAUAUACUCCAUCGAGCAGCCUCUGCGAGAGUCGGCCGGCCGAAGAUACGAUGGGACGCAAACGACGGUGAAUUGGAAGGCAAAACCGGUGGUGGCGAAGGGCGAUUGGAAUGAGCUGUUGGGAUCGAGGCCAAAGCCGACUCGGACGGUGACCUAUUAG